GCUGCGCACCUUUCACCGUCCGACUACAAUAAACACACACGAGCUGUGUCCGACCCGCUCUCGAGCCGAACCCUGUCUAACCCUCUGACACCGGGCUUCCCAUGCGGAUCUGUUGUGUAAAAUGGCGGAUUUGAGCGCAGUCCGACGGGAGCUUAAAAACAGAAACCUAAGCAGUUCUAUCGGAGACCCUGACUGUACGUCCUCCCAGAAAAAUGAGCAGAACCUGGCUGUGCCGUUCUGCGGAGGGAUACGGGACGGACUACGGUCCGGAAAGAAAAUCACAAUCAUGGGUGUCGUGAGCCCAGACCCGGACAGUUUUGACAUAAGUCUGACCUGCGGUUGUGGGGAUGUGGCUCUGGACAUGUGCGUACGUUUCGAAGACCGUGAGAUUUUACGCAACGCCUGCAUUUCCGAUGCCUGGGGUGAAGAAGAGAGGUCGAUACCAUAUUUCCCCUUCAUGGCAGAGCAGUCUUUCAGGAUUGAGAUCCACUGCGAACACCCGCGGUUUCGCGUGUUGGUGGACGGUCAUCAACUCUUCGACUUCUAUCACCGUGUGACACCGAUUACGGCCAUCGACACCAUACAGAUCAGUGGCAGUGUGACCAUCACCAAGCUGAACUGAAGAGAGGCACACGUCUGGUGUUUUUACUCCAGCCGAUCCAUAGAAAAUCUGGGUUUGAACAUUAAAGACCACACACAACCUCUGUGAUCCACCCUGCACAGAGAAACAUUCCAGAUAUGCACAAUUUCUAGAAUGUAUGGACCUAAUGAAUUGUACUUUAGUUUUGUUCUGUAUAGAUUUAUUUUUAAGACCCGUCAAGAGUCUUUCUCAUAUUAGUUUUAUGGACGUCAAAAUUCUCGAUGAAGUUAAAGUGAGUCGGUAUCAUUCUUGUACUGAAAUAUUUCUACUUCCUGCCUGUACAAAUCAAUGAUUUUAAAACAGUCCAGAUAGAGAACUUAGUUGGGUGGAUUGACCAAACUCAACGUAAAAAUGUCUUCAUUAACUAGAGUGUUUACAGUCACAUUUGUUUAUUUAAAAUGAACUGCUUUGUUUGACUACCAAUGAAAGUGCUCAGGAGAAAGAGUUUUAUUUAUUUCGGACAAAAUAAGAAUGCUUUGAGUUAUGUACAGUGAUAUAACAUCAAUAGUGACAUCUUUAUAAUCCACAUUGAUUUGAUUAAGCAUUUGUCCUUAAAAAAAUGCAUUGCUGUUGUGUGGUUUUGUUAAACUGAAAAAAGUGUGAUAGUGUAAAGAUUUUUUGUGCAGUUAUUACUUGAGACUAGCAUAAAAAAUCAGGGAGAAUAUCAUUCCAUAUAAAAUUCCUUGUGAAUUUUUUUGUGAGUAUUUAUUUAUUGUCAUUGACCACACUACGGGAGACUUUCUGCAGGAGUUACACAUAUUGUGCAUUGUGCAACUUUAUUGCCUGUCUUCACAGAUAAGAAUGUCUUAACUGAAAUAAAUGACCCUUAAAAAUUUCUUAAAA